GUUUGAGCUGAGCUGUCAUACGGGUGAUCACUAUCAAGCUGGCAUGCGUCAACAUUAUGAAGUCAAGUCCUGUUCAGCAAAGACUCCUGCACCAGAACAUUUCAGCUCCACAGUACGGUACUACAUAGCAGCAGAGGAAGUUGAGUGGAAUUAUGCCCCAGACCGAACAUGGGAAUUAGAGAAACACAAAACUACACUGGACGAAAGCCCUGGAAGUAUUUACCUCGAACGAUCACAAAAUCGGAUUGGUGCUAAAUAUAAGAAGGUGGUGUUUCGUGAAUACACAGAUGAAUCAUUUACCAAAAGGAAACCCAGGAUUCCAGAGGAAGAACACUUGGAAAUAAUGGGACCCAUUAUUAGAGCUGAAGUUGGUGAGAGGAUUCAGGUUGUGUUUAAAAACAAAGCCAGCAGGCCAUAUUCUAUUCAUGCCCAUGGAGUGAAGACCAGUAAAACCCAUCAAAAUGGUCUUCAGCCAGGUGAUAUGCUGACAUACAGCUGGAUCAUUCCAACACGAUCAGGUCCGGGUCCCAACGAUCCAAACUGUAUAACGUAUGCCUACUACUCCUCUGUCAGCUUAGUUGAGGAUUUGAUGAGCGGUUUGGUGGGUCCACUGAUAGUGUGCCGCAAAAACACCCUGAACACCAACAGACGUAGAAAAGAUAUUGAUAAAGAAUUUGCCCUCCUUUUUAUGGUGUUUGAUGAGAAUAUGUCUCAUUACCUGGAUGAAAACAUAAAAACUUACCUCAACACAGACCUAGAAAAAUUUGACAAAUAUAAUGAGGACUUUAUGGAAAGCAACAAAAUGCAUGGUAUUAACGGGAAGUUGUAUGCUAACCUCCAUGGGUUAAAUAUGACAGAGAAUGACAAGACUGAGUGGUAUUUGAUAGGACUGGGGAAUGAAGUGGACAUGCACACUGUUCAUUUCCAUGCUCAGAGCUUCAUUUACAGAACGGAUCAUUCUCAUCGUGCUGAUGUAUACGACCUGUUCCCGGGAACAUUUCAGACCAUAGAAAUGACUGCAGGAAGUCCUGGACAGUGGCUGCUUCACUGCCAUGUGACCGACCACAUCCAUGCGGGCAUGGAGACACUUUUCACUGUUCAUUCUAAAGAAACAAACAUUGUGUCAGUGAUAACCACUCAUGCUUCCAGUGAAGAAGAUCUGAGACAGGGGGAUGAGGAUGUGACUAAGAUAUUUGAGGCAGAAGGUGAGCUUCAGAAAACAAGCUUUAAUGAAGAUCAGGUCAAGGACAGAAGCAGUGCCAAUGAUGAUGGAAGUAGGGAGUACAGUCAAGACAACAAAAGUCUAGCUGAAGAAAAAAGCCAGAGUAAAACAAGCACUGUGUCAGGGAUAGCCACUCAUGCUUCCAGUGAAGAAGGUCUGAGACAGGGGAAGAAGGAGGUGACUGAGAUAUUUGAUGCAAAAAGUGAUAUGCUGACAUACAGCUGGAUCAUUCCAACACGAUCAGGUCCAGGUCCCAACGAUCCAAACUGUAUAACGUAUGCCUACUACUCUUCUGUCAGCUUAGUUGAGGAUUUGAUGAGCGGUUUGGUGGGUCCACUGAUAGUGUGCCGCAAAAACACCCUGAACACUGACAGACGUAGAAAAGACAUUGAUAAAGAAUUUGCCCUCCUUUUUAUGGUGUUUGAUGAGAAUAUGUCUCAUUACCUGGAUGAAAACAUAAAAACUUACCUCAACACAGACCUAGAAAAAUUUGACAAAUAUGAUGAGGACUUUAUGGAGAGCAACAAAAUGCAUGGUAUUAACGGGAAGUUGUAUGCUAACCUCCAUGGGUUAAAUAUGACAGAGAAUGACAAGACUGAGUGGUAUUUGAUAGGACUGGGGAAUGAAGUGGACAUGCACACUGUUCAUUUCCAUGCUCAAAGCUUCAUUUACAGAACGGAUCAUCCUCAUCGUGCUGAUGUAUACGACCUGUUCCCAGGAACAUUUCAGACCAUAGAAAUGACUGCAGGAAGUCCUGGACAGUGGCUGCUUCACUGCCAUGUGACCGACCACAUCCAUGCGGGCAUGGAGACGCUUUACACUGUUCAUCCUAAAGGGUCAUCAAGCGGUGAUGGGAGAAGUCCAGACAGUGUCUUCAGACAUUUCGGAAGCCUGUCUACUGUGAUGUCAUGUCUCUUUGGAUUGGUUCUAUUACACUUUGUAUUACACUGAAAAAAGAUCAAAGUCAGGAUGAGUCCAACAGAAUGAAUUUUUGUUGCUGCGACACUGAUGCUCAUUACUACCUCAUCUGGCAUCACUGUAUAGCUGUUAGGAAAACCUCUCAGCUUUUGAGAGAAACUAUUAUAGAAUAUAUCUGCAAGUAGGGCUGUGCAAAUAAUCGGAUGCGAUUAUCAUACGCAUCUCAUCAGCAACGCUGCUUGCAUCAGUAAUGCAGAUGUAUCGCCUCCGAUGAUGAACGCGAUAUUGCGUAGCUCGUCAGCAAACUAUGGCUCUUUGUAGUGAGUGCCGCUCCAUCUGACUGCACGUGAUGGAAAUUUACGAGUAAUCACGGAACCGGCAUUGCUGACAAAAUGCACAUGAUAAUUGCAUCCGAUUAUUUGCACAUCCCUAUCUGCAAGCAGUGAUGAUGGGCCCAAGUCCCAGUGGCACCACAAUCACAGUGUCCUAUAUGCAUUUUAAAGUCAGUCUGGCUGUUGAGUUACAGCAGUGAGAGGGUUACUUUACUAACAACAGAUAACUGUGGUGUGUGUCAAGUUUUGUGAAAUUCUAAGCACUUAACACUGGAAAAAAAAAAAAAAAAAAACAAUGAAGAUUGGAUUCAUUGGCAUGACAACAGCAUUUUUAGACAUCAAGAAUGCCUUCACAGCUGUUGGGAAUUUUUUUUUCACUAUCUUCAACUGGAAUGUCACCAUGACGAUGGCAUCUAUCACCCCAUUGGGUGUAUACAACAGGAAUCUCUUAUUACUGCUGUUAAUUGUUGGAAAUAAGUAACACAAAAAGGCUGUUUGAAAUUUGUCCCAGAUCUUGCAGUCUACACUAAUGAUGUAUUAGAUAAAGCAGGCAUUAAAAAAAGGUGUGGUGCUGGGCCCACCAGGACAGGUUUAGGCACCAGAAAAACAGUUGACAGAAUUAAUCUCAACAAGAAAGAAAUAAUGAAUCCUAGCUGAGGUGGGAAAAUAAAUAAAUAUAUAUAUAUAUAAAAGUGCAUCAGAUGUACCUGCAGUAGAAUUGCACUGUGUCAAAUCCUUCAAGUACCACACCUGUGGAAUGCACUGAUGGUGGCCACUACUGCAUCUGCCACCUUAAUAACUGAGUAAAAAGUGUGUUGAGUAAUGAGUGAGUGAAAGAAUAAGUUACUCACUUAAUAAAUUAUUUGUUUUGUUUUUUAUGAUUGUACAGAUUAACUGUUUUUUAAUUGCUCAAUAUUUUUUGUUUUGCCCAUAAUUUUUCGGCAUCUCAUUCUAUUCUAUUGCUUUUCUAUCAUCUAUCACACAACUGUAUAUACAAUUUAUUUUAUUUUUCAAUUUCUUUUUCAAUUUUUUUUCUAUUUAUAUUUACGUAUGUGUUUUUUUAAAUUCUCGUCUUAUUUUUAUUGUCUGUAUGUUGUUGCCCCUGUGACACUAGAACAAAUUCCUUGUAUGCACAAGCAUACUUUGGCAAUAAAGCUCUUUCUGAUUCUGAAUUCUAUCGAAGGAAACCAUUGGGAAGUUCACAGACAUCCUGGCACCCAUUCGGGUUGUUGGGUGAGGGGUUUGUUGGGUUAUGUGUUAAAUAAAAUAUAACAAUUUGUCCAGCUGUUAUGGUAUUGUUUGAACUUUUGUUCUUAAUGGUAAAGCUCAAUGUGCUAUGGCUAAAAAAACAUUGGAAAGUUAGGUUUGGAUUUUUUUUUAUAAUUAUAUGGAUUGUUAGCAUACCUGUCAACACCCCAGUAUUUCCCACGAGUCUGCCUUAUUUCAAACCCAUCUCCCAAUCCCUUCCCAUUUUGUAAUUUCUCCCAAGAAACUCCUGUAAUUUGUAUGGCCCAAACCUUGAUAUAUGAAUACUCACAUCAAUAUAUUAUUCCAAGGUUGUCCAGAUGUCAGAUCUUGUUUGAAAUCCAUCCUGCUCACACAGUUGACAUAUACAAAUUUCAACCCAUCAGUUGCGCAUCACUGGUAUGGGAAGAGAAAAC